AUGCUCGAACUGCUUUAUCGACGCUAUAUAUUGUCGCGCGGAAAGACCGACUCGGCAAGCUCGAGGAACGCCAGCGGAGGUGCGGGCAGUGGACUUGGAGUCGGCAGGCAGGUGAGAAAGACCCCGGCACCGGCCUCUCUGGAGGAUUUCAUUAUCAAGCGGGACUAUACGGGUGCCAGGGCGUUUCUGGAGUACGCCAACGACGAAGAGGACGAGGAGGAGGGCGCCCAUGGACCCAAGCAAAGUCAAGUUGAUCAAUGGAUUGCCUUUUGCAAUUUCCAUUUGGGUGACUACCACCAGGCUCUGGCCCAAUACAAGACCAUUCAGCUGAGCUCCACGAAUCCGGAUGGCAAAUUGGAACUCAACCUGGCCGUUUGCAUGUUCUACUUGGGCUUAUACGAGGACGCCCAGCAACUGAUGGAAAAUGCUGUGGAAAACCCACUGAAGAAGCGGCUCCUCUUCCAUUUGGCCCACAAGCUGGGCAACGAAGCGGAGUGGAGUCAGCUGCAGGAGGAGAUGCAGGAUUCCCCUAGCCUAGAGCAACAGCUCAGCCUGGCUUCUAUGCACUAUAUGCGUGCUCAUUAUCAGGAGGCCAUCGAUGUGUAUAAACGGGUUUUGGUGGACAACAAGGACUAUCAGGCCAUAAAUGUCUACUUGGCUUUGUGUUUCUAUAAGUUGGACUAUUAUGACAUGUCCCAGGAGGUCUUAGAUGUAUAUCUGAGUCAGCAUGGCGAUAGCACCAUUGCCAUCAACUUGAAAGCCUGCAAUCGCUUUCGCUUAUUCAACGGUCGUGUGGCCGAGCAGGAAAUCAAGAAUAUUGCUGAUAAUGGCACUUUUGGUGCAGAUCUUCUGCGUCAUAACUUGGUUGUUUUCCGGAAUGGUGAAGGUGCUUUGCGUGUUCUACCAGGACUGCUAAAUAUCAUUCCCGAGGCUCGUCUUAAUCUGGCUAUAUAUUAUCUCAAGCAAGGAGAUGUCCAAGAGGCCCAUGCUCUGAUGAAGGAACUUCAGCCAACAUCGCCGCAUGAGUACAUACUCAAGGGUGUGGUUCAUGCUGCACUGGGUCAGCAAUUGGGAUCGAAAGAACACAUCAAGACAGCCCAGCAGAAUCUUCAUUUGGUGGGAAGUUCGGCCACAGAAUGUGAUACGAUUCCUGGUCGUCAAAGUAUGGCCUCUGCCUUUUUCCUCUACGAACAGUUUGAGGAGGUUCUAGUCUACAUGAACUCCAUUAGGAGUUACUUUGUUAAUGAUGAUGUUUUUAACUAUAAUUUUGCACAAGCAAAAUGCGCCACAGGCUAUUACAAAGAGGCAGAGGAGCUGCUCAUGCAGAUCAGUGACAUGGAUAUUAAGAAUCAGCAUACCUACUGCAUGAUCCUGGCCAAGUGUCACAUUCACUGUGGUCAUCCGGAGUUGGCUUGGAAUGUUUUCAUUACUAGAGAUACCAAUGCCGAGGCUUUUAUUCUUUUGCAAUUGAUAGCUAAUGAGUGUUAUAAAUGUGCUGAGUUCUGGGUGGCAGCCAAAGCUUUUGAUAUGUUGGAAAAACUCGAUCCCAGUCCUGAGAAUUGGGAGGGCAAAAGAGGAGCCUGUGCUGGCGUUCUCUUUGCCUUGUGUACCAAAGCCCAAAGAGGACGUCCUGGUGGUGGCAUCUCAGAGGUUAUUGGCAUUUUGCGGGACUCAUCCAACUCACAGGCUGAGGCCAUGAUCAAAACCAUACGGAAGCACAUUAAUAGUUUUAAAUAAUUCAAUUAAUUAAAUAUUUUAUUAAGCUCUAUUACAUGCGAAAUGCAGUUUUGUGAAGAAAGAAAGAUUUUAAAUCAAUUAUUUACAAGAUUAACUUGAGAACUUGUCACUUGUGGACAGCUGUCAGGGGCUAUGAAACUUAAGUGAAUUUAAGCCAAACUGCUAACCAAUUUAAAUAAUCAAAGAUAAUUUGGUUAGCCGCAAAAACAAAAGUCAAAAAUGAAAAUUGAUUUUGAAAUCUCAUUUGAUUAGAAGUUUAAGCUUUUGAGAGCUGAAAAAGGAUACUAAUUUGUAUGGAAUUGUCUUGAUUACUGAUUAAUUUGCGGCUAACACACACAACACAAAACACUUUGGCUAAUUAAUUUAAGAGGAAUUUUAUCAAGCAAAUUGUGGCUGGAAUUUCGAAAAGUUAUGCCAGCCUUCGAGGACUCAGCCACUGUCCACUUAAUAAAUCAGAGGGAAGAACUUUCGAAAACUAAUUGAUAAUUAAUGAAAUAAAAUCCAGUCUUCAUCUUUUGUUGCCUCUGACGCGCUGCCAACGAAAUUCUUCGCUCAAUUUAAUUCCCUUGAGAGGCAAUUAUGCUUGAAAAGUGGCCUCCACCUCCAGUACAGUAAGUAUUCCUCCAUUGGCCCCUAUAGUCAGCCAGCCAGC